AAACUGUAGUCCGCUUAAAUUAAUCAAAAACCAAAUUGUGUAUUAAUAAAUCAAUUAAGACCGGCCGUCGUGGUCUUUGUUUAAGCUUCAACUGGGUCGUUGAGACAGGAAUUUACAGAAUUACAGGCUUAUAAGCUCGGUUUUGACCAGAUUCCAACUCUGAUCAUUGCCUCAUCUCUGCAUCUUUCAUCGUCAGCGCCACUUCUUCGAAUUCAGCUGCUAUUUUACUAGUUUCGAUUGGAUUGGACUACAAUUUAUUUCGGUUUAUUUGUGAUUGAAAGAUAUGCAGUCAGGUUAUGAUCUCAGUCAAUUGAUUCAAGAAGCUCAAGUUCGGUGGCUGAAGCCGCCAGAGGUACUCUUCAUAUUACAGAAUCACAAGGACCAUCAACUCACAGACAAGCCUCCCCAAAGGCCAUCUAGUGGAUCAUUGUUUCUUUUCAACAAGAGGGUCCUUCGUUUUUUCCGUAAAGACGGGCAUAGUUGGCGUCGCAAAAGGGAUGGAAGAACAAUUAGUGAAGCACAUGAACGGCUUAAGGUUGGAAAUGCUGAAGCUCUAAACUGUUAUUAUGCACAUGGAGAUCUCAAUCCCAAUUUUCAGAGACGUAGCUAUUGGAUGCUCGAUCCCGGAUUUGAGCACAUUGUUCUUGUUCAUUACAGAGACAUAACAGAGGGAAGGCACAAUGGCGAUUCCGUUCUACAAUUAUCACCUGAAUCUUAUGCAACUCUGUCUCAUGUUCCCAGUUCCAAUACUACUCAGUUUGCAGGCUCCACUGAUGUUAUUAGUGACCUUCAUGACCCAUAUCAUAGUGCAUCUAGUCCUGGUUCCAUGGAAGUUAGUUCCAAUGCAAUAAUAAAGAGUGACAGUAUGAACUACUUUGACAUGAGAAAAAGUACAGAGGAGCUUAAUACAUCACCCAAUCUUGAAAUUAAUAAAGCAUUGAGGCGACUUGAGGAGCAAUUAAGUUUAAAUGAUGAUAGCGUAGAACAAAUGGGCUUAAGCUACCCCGGGCAUGAAGACUCAAAAAAUAUAGGACAUGCUGUCUGUUAUCAAAGUCUCCCUCAGUCUGCUGUAAUGCAAGAUGACUUGAACAGCCUUAUGUUGCAACAAUGUUCUGGUGAAAAAAACAAGGAACAUUACUAUCAACAGUUUGGGGAUGGUUUUUCCAUUAAUGAAGAAGCUGCAGCUUGGAAUGGGAUGCUAGACUGCUUUACUGAUUCGGCCGGUGUUGGUCAAGGACAUAAACAUGUAAAAAUAUCGAAUGGAAAUGCUAUUGUUUCACCUUCGCCAGUCAAGGAGCCAUCAGAAGAACAAGAUAUUUCUGAAUGGAUAAAUUUUGACGCUGAAACUCCUGAGAAUUCUUCCAAUGUGCUGUCUCAAGAAGCUGAAACAUUCAGAUUUUCUGCACCUCCUCAUGCAAUGAAUUACUAUGAAGCCAACCCCUAUCAAGAAAUGUUUCAACAAGAUCAGAUUGGCGUGCCUCUUCAAGCAACUCCUAGUUCGACCAUCUCUAUUAAUUACAAGUUUACUUUGCAUGAGAUAUCACCUGAUUGGGGUUAUGCCAAUGAGACUACAAAGGUUAUCAUUAUUGGAUCAUUUGUUUGUGAUCCAUCAGAUCACGGAUUGACUUGUAAGUUUGGUGACAUUGAAGUUCCUAUUGAGAUUAUUCAGGAAGGUGUCAUCCGUUGCCAUGCCCCACCUAACUUGCCUGGUAAAGUAACACUGUGUAUAACCUCUGGCAAUCAUGAAUCCUGUAGUGAAUUUAGGGAAUUUGAAUACCGUGUCAAUCCAAGUAGUUGGCAUCAAAGCAAUGUACCUAAAACAGAAAAAAGCACAAAUUUGGAAGAACUCUUGCUGCUUGUCAGACUUGUUCAGAUGCUUUUAUCGGAUUCGCCAGUUCAGAAAAUAGAAAAUUCUAGAUCAGACAUUUGUCUCUUGGACAAAGUCAAAGCUGGCGAAGAGUCAUGGACCCAGGUUAUUGAGGCUCUUCUAGUUGGCACGUGGACAUCAUCUAGCACAAAAGAUUGGCUCCUAGAAGAGCUUCUGAAAGAAAAGAUGUGCCAUUGGCUUUCUUCUAGACUGUUGGAGGGAUCUGACCAUGCACAAUGUUUCUUGUCCAAGAAAGAACAAGGUAUUAUACACAUGGUUUCGGGAUUAGGAUUUGAGUGGGCCUUGAACGCGAUUCUAGACGCUGGAGUCAGCGUAGACUUCCGUGAUAUUAAUGGCUGGACAGCUCUCCAUUGGGCUGCACGUUUUGGAAGGGAAAAGAUGGUUGCUGAGCUUUUAGCAUCUGGUGCCUCAGCUGGGGCACUUACAGAUCCUUAUUCACAAGAUCCAACUGGUAAAACACCAGCAUCCAUUGCUGCCUCCUGUGGACACAAGGGGCUUGCAGGCUAUCUUUCUGAGGUGUCAUUAACCAGCCAUCUUUCAUCACUUACGAUGGCAGAAAGCGAACAAUCUAAAAACUCUGCUGAGGUUGAAACAGAAAGAACUUUAGAUAGUCUCUCGAACACAAAUCUCACUGCCGUUGACCAUCAGCUUCCCCUUAAACAGACUUUAGCUGCAGUUCGUAAUGCUUCUCAGGCUGCUGCACGUAUACAAUCCGCUUUUCGUGCUCAUUCUUUUAGGAAGAGGCAAGCAGCAUCUACGACUGCUACUGAUGAUAGUGGAGAUGCAUACAGUUUACUUUCACAUGAUGUCUAUGGGCUUUCAGCUGCAUCAAAGUUGGCCUUUCGCAAUACACGGGACACCAAUGCUGCUGCUUUAUCUAUCCAGAAAAAAUAUCGUGGUUGGAAAGGUCGUAAAGACUUCCUUGCAUAUCGCAAAAAAGUAGUGAAGAUACAGGCUCAUGUGAGAGGUCAUCAGGUACGGAAAAACUACAAAGUUAUAUGUUGGGCCGUUGGUGUUUUAGAGAAGGUUGUGCUAAGGUGGCGCAGGAGGAGGAGCGGUCUUAGAGGAUUCCGGCCUGAAGCAGGGUCAAUUGAUGAAGUUGAAGAUGAAGACAUUGUAAAGGUUUUUCGUAAACAGAAAGUGGAUGUAGCUAUUGAUGAAGCUUUGUUAAGGGUGCGGUCCAUGGUUAAUUCUGAAGAGGCACGAGAACAAUAUCACCGCAUGCUUGAAAAAUAUGGCCAAGCCAAGGCAAAGCUUGAAGGCUCAACGAGUGAAGCAUCAACGUCAAGUGAAAUAUCGAAUAUGGAAAAUGAUGGCGGCAUAUAACAGUUGAGUGCAGAGGAAAAAGGCUGCCAUUCUAACUACUUUGUUCAUUAGGAUAAAUUUGAGGCUUCUACUGGCUUGAGUUUACACAGUCGGUAUAUAGUGAUUUGUACAUAAGGUGUUCUCAGCUGGGAGUACAAUAGUAUAGUUAAUAAUUUGUCUGUGUAUUAUGAGUUUAUUGUAUAUUUGUACGGUGGAUAUGACUUGUAAUGUAGUGCCCCCGUAUAUGGGAAAGGUAAAAAUGGCUGAGAAAAAUAAUUGUAAUGUAGGUAGCAUGUUUGUGAAAUGUGAAUACUGCUGACUGGAAACUAUCAUCCGAUUAUUUAUUAUAUUGGAAAUUAACUGUAUUGUAGGAUGUUUUUGAAA